CUUGGAGACGGUAUACCGGUUACCGAAUCAUCCGGUUACCGGUGUUCUGCCGGUUACCCGAAAGGGUAUUACUAGCUUGCGUAGAUGAAGAAGAAGAAAUUUGAUUUCCCGUUUCCCAUUCCCAAACCUCUCUCACCGCCGACUUUCAAGCUCCCAAGCGACGAGUUCCAGAUCUGGUGGCGAAUCAGCAAUGUCGCAUCCCUCUAAACAUGCAUCCUUACCGUGGGCGAAUCGGCGAAUCGAGAAAACAAAGUACCCGGACUCUGAUGUCGACGGCGGCUGUGAAAGAGGAUGAGCGACGAUGUCCGAUCAGAUCUCAAUGGUGGCUUUAUUGCCGUUGAUUCGAUGGUUGAAGCCGGCGACACGGACGCGACAGCGAUGGUGUCGGGAAAGACGAUGGCGACAACGAUGGUGCCAGGGAAGCCGAUAUGGAACGGGAAACGUAGCGAUGGCGGCGUAGGGCAGAGGAGGAGUGGAGAAAGGCGAUGCAUGUCCAUCUUCUUCCGAAAAUCUCUAUCGCUCUUUGAUUUUCUUCCUCUGAUUUUGCCCCAAACUCCAGAAAGGAUGAGAAGAAAGAAGAAGUCCCUUCCGCUUAUCACCAUUCCUUUACUUUCGUCAGUACACUGUACCAGAAAUGAUAGAGAGAUGGCCCAUGAGAAGAGAAGAAGGUAAAUCUUAGAUGGGGCAGGUCGAGAGGAAAGAAUGAGGAGGAGGAAAUGCACUGGUGGUAGAUCGAGAGGAAAGAAUGGAGGGCAUAUAAAAAUUAGGGGGUUUG